AGGGGACUUGGGGCUCAUUGAGGUGCUUGCCCUGCGCUUGGUCCCUCACUGGCCGCCAAAGGCCUUCUUCACCUCGUGCGCUCCCGUUCCUGCUGCUGCUGCCACUGCCACUGCCCCCCGCAGAAAUGCUUCGACUACCCACAGUCCUUUGCCAGAUGAGACCAGUGUCCCGGGCACUGGCUCCUCAUCUCACUCGGGCCUAUGCCAAAGAUGUAAAAUUUGGUGCGGAUGCUCCAGCCUUAAUGCUUCAAGGUGUAGACCUUCUAGCCGAUGCUGUAGCUGUUACAAUGGGGCCAAAGGGAAGAACAGUGAUUAUUGAACAGAGUUGGGGAAGUCCCAAAGUAACAAAGGAUGGGGUCACUGUCACAAAGUCAAUUGACUCGAAGGACAAAUACAAAAAUAUCAGGGCUAAACUUGUUCAAGAUGUGGCCAAUAACACAAAUGAGGAGACCGGGGACAGCACCACCACUGCUUCUGUUCUGGCGCGGUCUAUUGCCAAGGAGGGCUUCAAGAAGAUCAGCAAAGGGGACAAUCCGGUAGAAAUCCGGAGAGGUGUCAUGUUGGCUGUUGAUGCUGUGAUUGCUGAACUAAAAAAGCAGUCUAAACCUGUGACAACCCCUGAAGAAAGUGCUCAGGUUGCUACAAUUUCUGCAAAUGGAGACAAAUACAUUGGAAACAUCAUUUCUGAUGCAAUGAAAAAAGUUGGAAGAAAGGGCAUCAUCACAGUGAAGGAUGGGAAAACACUGAAUGAUGAAUUAGAGAUUAUUGAAGGCAUGAAGUUUGACAGAGGAUAUAUUUCCACAUAUUUUAUUAACACAUCAAAAGGUCAAAAAUGUGAAUUCCAAGAUGCCUAUGUUCUGUUGAGUGAAAAGAAGAUUUCUAUUGUCCAG